AUGCCUCCCAAAGCUGCCGAGAAGAAGCCCAGCACUGGUGGCAAGGCCCCUGCUGGUGGAAAGGCCCCCGCCGAGAAGAAGGAAGCCGGCAAGAAGACCGCUGCUGCCAGCACUGGUGACAAGAAGAAGCGUGGAAAGACCAGGAAGGAGACCUACUCUUCUUACAUCUACAAGGUCUUGAAGCAGGUCCACCCCGACACUGGUAUCUCCACUCGUGCUAUGUCCAUUCUGAACUCUUUCGUCAACGAUAUCUUCGAGCGCGUUGCUACCGAGGCCUCGAAGCUCGCUGCUUACAACAAGAAGUCCACUAUCUCGUCGCGGGAGAUUCAAACCUCUGUGAGGCUUAUCCUUCCCGGCGAAUUGGCAAAGCACGCGGUGUCUGAGGGCACCAAGGCUGUUACAAAGUACUCUUCUUCUGCCAAAUAAGCUUUUUCUUUGGUGUUUUUUUUUUGUUUCUGCGGGAUUGUUUUUAUGCUACCUCGUCAUCAGCAACGGUUCUGAGGUGGCGGGUACAGGGUGUUCGCGGGAUUUUUCUAAUGUGUCAUGGGAUGGCUUUAUUUUUUUCCCCUUGGGCCAAAUGU